UAUGGUCACUGUUUCACGUGCAGCACGUGUUGAGUAUGAAAACAAAACAUUUGCCGAAACGAUAUAUUCAUUGGGAAACUUAGUAAGGCGCACCUGCCAAACUGACAGGUUGUUUUCCAAGCUUUUUACACAUUGAAACUCAUCUUGCGUGUUUGUAAAAUGUCAAAAGUAUUACCAGUUUGUUUUGCAGUGGUUACAGUACUGGGUACUGGAUUGCUAAUCGCUUGCAUUGCUACAAAUUACUGGAAAAAAUAUACUGUUGGGUCUUCGGAAACCUCGAGAGGUCUUUUUAAACGUUGUUGGACUUUUGGAAAGACCACCACUUGCAAUGACCUGUUCCAAGAUUUUGGCGAUUUACCAGCAAAAUUUGCAGGAGUUGUGGCUUUGUCUAUACUUGCAGCCCUUUUCGGGGUCUUAGCAAUAAUUGUGGGCAGCUGUGGAAUGGUCUUGAAUAAGAAGCUUUUUGCAGUUAUUGCAGUGCUACAGCUUUUGUCUGUUGUUUUCGCUGCUAGUGGACUUGGCUUGUACGCCAAAUACUAUAUUGUUGGAUUGUGGGAAGCAGGGUGGUCUUAUAUCAUCGGAUGGGUUGGCACUGUGUUUCUUGGAUUCGGUCUGGUUAUAAUGAUUAUAAUGGCAAUCAGAUAAGAGGAUCCAUAAGACGUCCCUAAUGAUUCACUCCAGAAGGGAUUCAUUCAAGAAAUUUGCACAACUGAAAGAAUGCUUUACAGUGCAGAAAUGCCCGCCUAUUAAAUAGAAUAAAUAAUGAGAUUUAGAAUUAUAAAAUAGAAUAAUAAUGAUAUUUAAUUCAAUCGUCAAUGUACAGAAAAACUGACGAAUUAUCGCACGCAAUCAGGAUUGUAACUUAUAAUGAAGUGAUAUUUUUAAUUAGUUAGAUUUUAUUAACUUAAUUAAUUUUGAUUUAAUUAGAUACUGACUUGGCAGCUGUCAAUUUUACUUGAAUUCCCUAUAACCUAAUAGGAGAAAUUUUGUUCGCAGUAGCGCCUAAACUGUCAAAGGAAAUGACGGGCACGUGCCUGUUUUGUUUUCGGGAAUUCAUCCAUUUUAGUAUAUAUUAUUUACACUGAAUUUUUGCUUGCUUCGAUAUAUUUAGGUUUUUUCAGAAAAGUCUUUUUUUUGCUGUGCCCAAAAUAGAGAUGCGAUUGCGCCUUUUCUUUUUCCAAUUGAGAAAGGUAGACCAUUUUUCACAUUUAAAUCAAAUAUUCAAGUGAUAUAAAACCAUUUUAUGA